GGGAGACCUUCCAGAUACAUCCGCAGCAGGGGUGCACGUAAAGCGGGUUUUAAGCUUGGCUUGUGGGUUUUCGGGCGCCCAACGACAUAAGCUUGUGUUGGCCCCCAUCCUCAGCCUCUCAACGUCAUCCGGGGAAUGUCACAUUGGAAGCACCAUCGAGGCGCAGGUUUUACGCGGCAGGCUCUGCGAUUGGCGAACUCCCUCUUCGCGGCGGCCCGACGGCAGACAUGCUCCUAUGGAUCGAGCGACGUGAUCGAAGGAUCGCCCAGGAAGCUUCACUAUGUUCUUACCUUCUUUUUUUACAGUCCCGGCCCUGGUGCAACAGCCUGGCAGGAUCUUGGCCCCCCACAACCAAUCACGAUAGGGCUCAUGUGGGCAAAUCUUGGCGUUUCUGACGAAGGCAUCGUGGGUGGGCUUCAUUGGAGGCAGGCACAGGCUGCGCUUGGCAUACAACGUCGGGGGUGAGAAGGACGAAUCCGCCUAGACGAUCUCGCCUCUCCAGGACACAGGUCUCGUAAACGACAAUACUAUCGUCGGAGAAGUAGAGGGCCCCCGUAAGCGAGGAUGAGCUCACCGGGGAGGAGCAGAGGCCUCUCGCCAGGAAGGCAUAGUUCGCGAUAUCUAUAAAGCCCCCGUGUCUUCUCCUCCAGACGUACAUCUUUUCCCCCAGCUCAGCAGCCCUCAGCAAGCCCUCACUCCAGCUCCUUCCUACAGCCAAGCCUCUCGCAGCCAACACACGAGCCACCGCUUCGUCUUCCUCCCCCCACCAGCCUUCUUCAAGAUGCAGUUCUUCGUCGUCGUCACCGCCCUCCUGGCCUCCGUGGCCUCGGCCGCCGACAUCUGCGGCGCCACCGGCUCCAACUGCAACGGCAACCGCUUCUGCUGCCGCGGCAUCCAGGAGGGCGGCUGCUGCACCUUUGGCGGCCUGGCCAACUCCAUCGAGUUCAAGCUCCCCGCCAGGAGCCGCGGACGUGCCUGGUCGGCCGCCGGGUGCCCCGGCAACCCGCAGAACACCUUCAGCACCAACGUCGCCACCACCAUCUGCCAGCAGUGGUCCAGCCGCCGCUCCGCCAAGUGGCUGACGGGCACCUCGCUCGCCAAGGCCAAGCGCGAGCCCCUCACCCAGCCCGAGGACUGCGUUCAGGCCAGCCAGGUCAUCACCGCCCGCGGCGAGGUCCUCACCAUUGCCGAGGCCGAGGAGCGCGGCAUCAAGAUGGAGUAAGCGGUGUCGUCACCUUUUCUGGGGUACGGCCAAGACACUGUGACGGCUUCGACCCGGGGGCCGGCGCGCCUACCCUGCUGCGGGAGCUCGUGGCCUGGGACGUGUCGCUCCGGUUCGGGGCCUUUGUUAAAGACGGAGUUGAGGGAUUGGGGACUCUCUGGGAUGGGAAAGGGAUUCCGGGUUGUUUCACAACGCAUUUGUUCUCGCCGGCGGAUAGCGCGAGGCCUUCAUGUCUCUCUUUUUGAGCCCUGCAGCAAGCUGGGCCCGGCCUGCUCACGGCGGACUUUCAUUUUCCUUUAAAUCACAUCAUCUUGUUCAGCUGAAUUUCACUCCUUAAAAAAAAAAAACAAGGCUCCAAAGUGAUUCGACG